GAUAUGUAGUUAAUGGUUGCUUGCUUACUAAGACAGAAUGGAAUUUGAAAUUUGGUGGACUAUUUUGAUAACAGGAGUAUUAAGCAAAGCUCAAGGUAACACAGUGCACUCGUAUUUGUUUAACUCUUCGUAUAACAACCGUGUGCGGCCAUCACCCAACAUUACUAAAUCAAUUCAAGUCACCUUUGGUUUAUCUCUUCAUGAAAUCAUCGAUAUGAACGAUAAAAACCAACGACUUGAUUUACGAAUAACAAUCCGAGAACAUUGGACAGAUCCGUCUCUAUCGUGGAACAAGACACAGUUUGGAGGAACAGAGUACAUCGCUGUCCACCCUGAAUCUAUAUGGAUCCCUGAUAUUGUCCUCUACAACAAUGCCGGCGAAGGUUUUGGCGAUGGAGUCACUCGUACCCAGGCUCUUAUCCGCUACGAUGGUUUCGUUCAAAUGAACAUUCCAUCGAUCUUGAAGAGUACAUGCAAAGUGCACCUUGAGAACUAUCCCUUUGACGAACAGGACUGUAAGAUUAAGUUUGGCUCGUGGACCUAUGACUCCUCACAGCUGGGACUACGCCUUGAGAGUUCAUCUGCAGAUUUAUCGUCGUUCUCUCCUAACGUAGAAUGGAAACUAAAAGAGAUGCCAGCAGAGUUCCACAGCUUAAAGUACUUAUGCUGUGUCCAUCCCUACGAGGACAUCGAAUACUACGUUAAAAUCAAGCGACGUUCCUUGUUUCAUGCAAUGUACCUGAUCAUUCCCUGCGCUGUUAUCUCUCUACUGACACUACUAGUGUUCCUGCUUCCCCCGGAAUGCAAUGAACGGAUGACUGUAGGGAUGGCUAUUUUGGUCGGAUUGAGUUUCUUCUUUCUUCUGGUUGCUGAAAACAUGCCGCCCACUUCAGAGUCCAUCCCCGUUAUUGGCUUGUACUACUCUAUUACAAUGCUGGAAGUCUCGUCUGCCUUCUUCAUGACUUGCUUUGUGCUGGUGUGUCAUCACUAUAAUCCUGAACAUGGAGAAUUGCCUGACUGGGGUAGGAAACAUCUUGAAAGKCUUGGACGUUUUCUUGGCUUUCCAUUCAAUUUUACCAAAAUCCCUAAGGUCGUACAAUUGCCAGCUGACGAUAAGUCGAUGGCUGCUCAAUCAUUGAAUGGCGCAGUAAAUGGGAAUGCAUGCAGUACUAUCCAAAACAUGAACGGUGACUUGCCAAUGACCAAAGAACCACCAUCUUCAAACGAUGCCAACAAGAUUCUCCAAGAGCACAUCGUUUACAAGGAAGCCAUGGAGAAACGGGAAGAAGAAUGGAAAAUGGCCGCCUUGGUUCUCAACAGUAUCUUUAUGUGGAUAUAUAUCUUUUCUGUUUUAACUACACUUGGGAUUCUGCUUGUUCCACGAAUUAUUUCCGCAAUGUAAACACACUUUAGCACUGCUCAAUGUUCUGAGCAAUACCUUUUUGUAUAAAACGGUCACAUGGUACUAUAUCCACCAUGUUGGAUGGCAAAAACCCUCUGGGAUGCUAAAAACAACGAAAAGUCAAGCUUGAUGUGCCGCGUUCCUUUUGUUUUUGAUGUUGUUUACAUUCUUUUGCCAUCCAGUAUGGCGGAUUUAGUACAAUGUGGCCGUUUCAUGCAAAAGGCCUAUUUGUCUCGUAACAGCGUCCUAAGGAAGUUGCUGCAUAAUAGUCUCCUACACGAUUCCCUACGCCAUAUUUAACGGUAGCCGUGCAUUUACAUCGAAGCGAGACGACUGUUGAGCGUGAAAUAAUAGAAACUUUCUGUCACACCUGCAGACAAUUAUUCACAGGUAUCUAUCAUUGCACGCUCAACGGUUGUCUCGCUUGAUGAAAAGGCACGACUAGCUUCCAAAAUGGCACAGUGAACCGUGAAGGAGACUACACUGUAUUGCAGAGUUACGAAGGUGUUAUCGAGAUGUAAUGGAAAUGUACAGUGCAAUGGCUUUGAAAGUAGCAGCAGUACUUUGCGAAAAGUAUGACUGAGUUUGACGUCUGCACGAUGAGCGGCAAAAAUAAUAAUACUAAUAAAAUGAUCGAAAGACAACCCCUUCCAGCUCUCUAGCAAUAUGCAACUGACUUCCCAAUGCUGUUGUGCGACAGGUUGGAGCAGUCCUUUGUCCGCAUGAAUCAUUGUCUAAUCAAAUAUGGAAGUCGUAUUUAGAUCCAGAAUCUUCGUUUAGUGAUUAAUUCAAAAGUAGUAGUCUUGAGUGUCGCCGAAUUCUUGACUGAAAAUAGUAAAAUUAAGUGUAAAGCAGUAGGAAUUAAUUAAUAGUAUCAAUAUCAAUAUACCGUGACGUUAUGGUACACCAUUCUUACAAGUUCAUAUUAACAUUGGUUGAGGCGAAACGUUUUUAAUCUGUAUUUUAGCUUAAUUAUUUGACCGAUAUAUUCACGGAAUUACAACAUUAUCAGCAUUAUUGUAAAUUCUGAUAUUCAUUAAUUUACAAGGUAAUUUAUAAAAUAUUUAAAUAAUAAACCUUAUAGCAGCACAGUAUCUAAUAAAAUAUGAAAGAAAAGUUACCAAAUUCUUGCAUCUUUUUAUCCUUUUACGUAAAAUUUAAAGCUUUAUGGAAUAAUACCUUAAAGCAAUUUAUAAUAUAAGGAAUUAUUGACUUUUUAAUCGUGCAUGGUUUUUACUAGUGAAGCGAGCGGAGGAAGAGAAAGAACGGAAGGUUUUCAUCGACUCCUUGUCCUUGUCCUUCCACCGGCUUAUACUACGACAUAAGCAGAAGCGUGCACUGACAUAAGCAUAGCAUAAACAUAAGAAAAAUUAUAAGCUAAUUAAAGACAAAAGAGUACACACAAAAAAAACACCUUCAUUUUGUCUUUGUCAUCCAUUUUAACCCCUAAAUCUGUUUUUGUUUUGAGCUUAUGCCAGUGUUGCAGAGUAAAAUGGCUCAGUCGAAGCUUUAGCAAUACCUGUAAUUACUAUACAGUUCAUGAAAAUAAAGAAAUUUGAAUUUC